AUGGCUGGACAGCCUCUGGACAGCGACCACACUGCUGAGAGCGUCUCUGCGGCCAUCAAUCCGUGUCACUGGGGGUACUUUACCCGUACCAUCAAGGAACAAAAGCGUGGGGAGGGUUCGCGGCUUGCGGCAGCCCUGGGGACAGUCGUGCACACGCACAAGCCGCACUUCAUGGCCCUGCACUGCCAGGAGUUUGGAGGGAAGAACUACGAGACCUCCAUGUCACACGUGGACAAGUUCGUCAAAGAGCUGUUGUCAAGUGACGCCAUGAAGGAGUACAACAGGGCUCGCGUCUACCUGGACGAGAACUUCAAAUCCCAGGAGCAUUUCACGGCACUAGGAAGCUUUUAUUUUCUUCAUGAAUCCUUAAAAAACAUCUACCAGUUUGACUUUAAAGCUAAGAAGUAUAAAAAAGUCACUGGCAAAGAGAUCUACUCGGACACACUGGAGAGCACGCCAAUGCUGGAGAAGGAGAAGUUCCCGCAGGACUACUUCCCCGAGUGCAAGUGGUCAAGGAAAGGCUUCGUGCGGACGAGAUGGUGUGUCGCGGACUGUGCCUUUGACUUGGUGAACAUCCAUCUUUUCCAUGACGCUUCCAAUUUGGUCGCUUGGGAGACAAGCCCGUCCGUGUACUCGGGGAUCCGGCACAAGGCUCUGGGCUACGUGCUCGACAGAAUCAUCGACCAGCGAUUCGAGAAAGUGUCCUACUUUGUGUUUGGAGAUUUCAACUUCCGGCUGGAUUCCAAGUCCGUGGUGGAGACUCUCUGCACACAGGCCACGAUGCAGACAGUCCGGGCCGCCGACACCAACGAGGUGGUGAAGCUGAUAUUCCGCGAGUCGGACAACGACCGGAAGGUGAUGCUUCAGCUGGAAAAGAAAGUCUUCCACUACUUCAACCAGGAGGUUUUCCGCGACAACAACGGCACCGCGCUCUUAGAAUUUGACAAAGAGCUCUGUUUUAAGGACAGACUGUAUGAAUCCGACAUCUCUGCUCCUCCCAGCUACCCGUACAGCGAGGACUCCGGCCAGGGCAGACAGUACAUGAACACGCGGUGCCCCGCGUGGUGCGACCGCGUCCUCAUGUCUCCGUCCGCCAGGGAGCUGAUUCUGAAGUCGGAGAGCGAGGAGAAGGUUGUCACCUACGACCACAUCGGGCCCAACGUCUGCAUGGGAGACCACAAGCCCGUGUUCCUGGCCUUCCGCAUCGCGCCCGGGGCAGGGAAGCGAUGGCAGCGACAGCAGAGGGCCCUUCGCGAGACCUCCCCGUAG